CUUCCGCAGCGUUUGGCCGUGCGGCCGGCGCCUUCCCUCCCCGACCUAAGAUGGCGGCCGAGGUGGACUUCGGGGACCAGGAGCUCUUCGAGCAGCUGGACGCCGGCGAGGCGGCGCCCAUCCCGGCCGCGCAGCCGCUCCACACCCGCUUCGAAGAGGCCAGUGCGGAGACGGAGGAGCUCAGCGAGCGGCUGAGGGAGUGCCAGGAGACCGUCAGGGAGCUGCAGGCCGAGAAUCAUGAACUCAGAAGAAAAUUGAAUAUGCUGACUCGACCAAGUGGACUUACCAUUGAUGACUCUAAACUUGAUGGGCCUUUGUUACAAAUUUUAUUUAUGAACAAUACUGUUUCAAAGCAAUAUCAUCAAGAAAUAGAAGAUUUUAUAUCUUGUUUAGUUCAAAAAUAUGAGGAGCAACAAAGUGCUGAAUCUGACAAGGCCUACUUCAAUGUUAAGCCGCAGCCUUCUAGUUUUAUGUUGGAAGAAGACCAUAAAGUGACAAUCUCAAAUACAUCAAAAAAAAUCAAGGAGGCCUUUAGUGUUGUAGGAAGUGUUCUCUAUUUUACCAAUUUUUGUCUUGAUAAACUGGGGCAGCCUAUAUUAAAUGAAAACCCUCAGCUGACAGACGGAUGGGAAAUACCCAAAUACCAGCAAGUUUUCACACAGAUUCUUUCUCUAGAGGGACAGGAGAUACAAGUAAAGCCUAAAAGCAGGCCAAAAUCUCACUGCUUCAAUUGUGGCUCUGAAGACCACCAAAUGAAAGAUUGUCCACAGCCACGAAAUGCUGCCCGUAUAAGUGAAAAAAGGAAGCAGUUUAUGGAUGCUUGUGGGGAAGCAGGAAACCAAAACUUCCAACAGCGGUACCAUGCAGAUGAAGUUGAAGAAAGGUUUGGAAGGUUUAAACCAGGAAUAAUUAGUGAGGAACUUCAAGAUGCACUUGGUGUCACUGACAAGACUCUUCCUCCUUUCAUCUAUCGAAUGCGGCAACUGGGCUAUCCCCCAGGUUGGCUCAAGGAGGCAGAAAUGGAAAAAUCUGGACUAACACUCUAUGAUGGAAAAGCAUCUCCUGGUGGUGAAACAGAGGCGGAAGAAUAUUACCAACAGAAUUGGCGUGUCACUUAUGAUGUCUCUAAGUUGAUAAACUAUCCAGGUUUUAAUAUGUCCACUCCAAAUGGAGUAACAGAUGAAUGGAGGAUGUUUGGUUCCGUACCCCUUCAGCCCAGUCAGCAGAAGGAUAUCUUUGCCCACUACCUUUCUACCUAUCAUUCGUCGAGCCCAAAGUCCAGCAAUAAAAGAUCUUCAUCUCACCAGAACUCUCAUCAUCCAAAAAGACAGAAAGGAAACAGUGCUGAAGUAUCAUCAGCUGACAUGGAGAUGGAUUCUGACUUUGAAGCUCCACAUAGUUCUCCUGGCUAUGAUAGCUUCCAGUUCCAACCUCCACUGCCUCCAGGGUCACCACUGAACGCCACUCCUCCCCCAUUGCCACGUGGGACCCCUCCAUGUACUCCCCCUAACAUGACCCCUCCCCGGCUUCCUCCAUGUAUUCCCCUACCUGUUCCCCGUGAUACUCCACCUUUGACUCUUUCCAGUGAUUCUGCUCCACUGAGAGCAGAGGGCUCUGCCAUGGAUGAAGACACUUUGACCCUGGAAGAGCUUGAGGAGCAGCAGCGCCUCAUUUGGGCAGCCCUGGAGCAAGCAGAUAGUGCAAACAGUGACUCUGACAUACCUGGAGAGAAUCCUUUAACAGGAAACUCUGUAGCCUCAUCACCAUCUCGAGUUGAGUCAGACAUUUUCCCAGAAGAAAUAACAUGCAAGAAGCUGGAUGUAUUGGAACUUGGGACUUCAGACAACAGUGAACAGGUACUCAAAGCAGAAGAGUCUGAAAAGAAACAGAUUUCAGGUGAUGGACUGAUUGAUUUGACAGGCAAUGAAGAACCGAAUCACAUGGAUUCUGAAGGCAGUGUUGAGAACUGCCCCUCAACCUCAGUGUCCAGGGUAAGCCACAGUGACUCUCCUGUGGUCAUCAGUGCUGAGGUGUCCAAAAAUGCCAGCCUUGUCCCUGACAUGAGCAAGUUCGCUGCUGGGAUAACACCAUUUGAAUUUGACAAUAUGGCUGAAUCUACUGGGAUUUACCUCCGAAUAAGAAGUGUGCUAAAGAACUCUCCUAGGAACCAGCAGAAAAGCAAGAAGGCUUCCUCCUAGUUCCCCUAUUACUACUGCAGCAUGGUUGCACCCAAAAGAAACCGACUGGCCAAUUAACUUUGGAUACUACUCUGUACUUACUUUAUAAAUAAUGACCAAGUAA